AAAUCUAUAGAGAGAGACGUUGGAGGAGAAAAUGGGUCAAGAUGGUUCGCCGGCGCAUAAAAGACCCUCCGGAAGCGGCGGAGGACUUCCGACGACGACUGUAACGAAUGGUGGAGGAAGAGGUGGUCGUGGUGGUUUGUUGCCUCGAGGUAGACAGAUGCAGAAGACGUUUAACAACAUCAAGAUCACGAUUCUCUGUGGUUUCGUCACAAUCCUCGUCUUACGUGGCACUAUCGGUGUUGGUAACCUCGGAAGCUCAAGCGCCGAUGCGGUUAACCAGAACAUCAUCGAGGAGACUAACCGGAUUCUAGCUGAGAUCCGAUCUGAUUCGGAUCCAACUGACUUGGAUGAGCCUCAGGAAGGUGAUAUGAAUCCCAAUGCGACGUAUGUUCUUGGGCCUAAGAUCACGGAUUGGGAUAGUCAACGUAAGGUAUGGUUGAAUCAGAAUCCUGAGUUUCCUAGUACUGUCAAUGGCAAAGCUCGAAUCUUGCUUUUAACCGGAUCUCCUCCGAAGCCUUGCGAUAACCCGAUUGGUGACCAUUAUUUGUUGAAAUCUGUGAAGAACAAGAUUGAUUAUUGUAGGCUUCAUGGGAUUGAGAUUGUGUAUAACAUGGCUCAUUUGGAUAAGGAACUCGCUGGAUAUUGGGCGAAAUUGCCGAUGAUUAGGAGGUUGAUGUUGUCUCAUCCAGAAGUUGAGUGGAUCUGGUGGAUGGAUAGUGAUGCUUUGUUCACUGAUAUACUGUUUCAGAUCCCUUUGGCUAGGUAUGAGAAGCAUAAUCUCGUGAUUCACGGUUAUCCGGACUUGCUGUUCGAUCAGAAGUCGUGGAUUGCUUUGAACACUGGUAGUUUUCUGCUGAGGAAUUGUCAGUGGUCGUUGGAUUUGUUAGAUGCUUGGGCGCCAAUGGGACCUAAAGGUCCAAUUCGUGAUGAGGCCGGGAAGGUAUUGACGGCUUAUCUGAAAGGUAGACCAGCUUUUGAGGCAGAUGAUCAGUCAGCAUUGAUCUAUCUCCUGCUUUCUCAGAAAGAUACAUGGAUGGAGAAAGUGUUUGUGGAGAAUCAAUACUAUUUACACGGGUUUUGGGAAGGUUUGGUUGAUAGAUAUGAGGAGAUGAUAGAGAAGUAUCACCCGGGAUUGGGUGAUGAGAGAUGGCCGUUUGUGACCCAUUUCGUUGGGUGUAAACCGUGUGGUAGCUAUGCUGAUUAUGCAGUCGAGAGGUGCUUGAAGAGCAUGGAGAGGGCCUUUAAUUUUGCAGACAAUCAAGUUCUCAAGCUGUAUGGUUUUGGCCAUAGGGGAUUGUUGAGCCCCAAGAUUAAGAGGAUCAGAAAUGAGACAGUCACUCCUUUGGAGUUUGUAGACAAGUUUGAUAUUCGCAGAACGCAAGUGGAAACCAAACCACAGAACUAGAGGAAAACAAGGAGAGGAUAGGCUCAGCUCUCAUGAGAUCUUGGGACACGUAUAGGUAAAAUAUAUGACACUCACAAAUGCAAAGCAAAUUUGUUUGCCUGUACUUGCUACUUUACUGUUUCUUCUGCUUCUUUUUUUGUUUGUUGUUGUUUGCAAGAAUAUUUUAGCGGCAAAAUUCUUUUUCCAUAGAUGUUUUUGUGUUUUCUUCAGUCAAAUAUAUGGAGAAAUUUCAU